UUAAUUUUCUCUUUCUCUAAUUAUUCAUCCCUCUUUCUUCCUUCUCCCUCUCUGUAUCUUUAGAUUAUCCAAACAAAAAAUUUGCCCCAUUCAAACAACUAACAGAGAAAAAGAAAGAAAAAACACAAAGGUUUCUUUUCAACUCCUCUGGACAAUUUUGCCCUAAUAUCAUAUCUUUUCUCCUUCAUUUUGGAUCCACCAACUUUCUGGCUUUUUAAUUUCCUUUUCUUUAAUUUGUUCUUCAUAUAUGCAUGCUUAUUGCAUGCAAACAAUAUUUGAAAGAAUAUAUGGGGAAUGCAGUUAAAAGGAGAUAAAAUAAGCUUCCCUUUUUCAUCUCCUUUUAUUCUGCAUGGUAUUGUAUACCUAAAAAGGCAAAGGAAUCAGUUUAUCCUAUUGGCGUGGUCCUUUUGUUUGUGUUCCGUUUCAUCUCUAAGCAGAGUACACUUGGCUUUUUGGGGCUUUAUAUAUCUAUACCAUGGCAACCAAAGUGAAGGGAAUUUACAAAUAUAUCACCAGUAUUUUUGUUGUUAAGGAGAGGGAGUUGGAGAUAGGUUGUCCAACUGAUGUUAAACAUGUGGCACAUAUUGGUUGGGAAGGUCCCUCUGGAAAUACACCCACUUGGAUGAAAGCAUUCAAGGCAGGGCCGGAAUUUGCAACAACUUCUAUUGGUAGUUCUGGUUCUGCUUGGUCAUCUCAAGGUUGUGGAGAGAUAGUGAGACAAAAAACAGCAGCUAACGUUUACAAGGACAUGACAACUUCAGAUGUUCCUAGUCCUCCUAGGAAACACAAACGGAGGAAGCCGAAGUCGACUUCCUCUCCAAAAUCUAGUUCACCAUCUACGUUGAGAUCGUCGCGAGCAGUUAAACCCAAGGCUAAAUCUGGUGAAGGAAAUCUUAAACCAGCAACAGUAGAAGUGGCUUAAUAUUGUUACAAAAACUGCAGAUUAAAAGCACAAAGAUUAAUCUAACAUUGUAUAUCAUAGUUGUCGAAAAUCCUCAGGAUGUACGUUCACACUAAGAAGGGGGAGAAAGUUAUGUAAAUGUAGAGAGGGGGGAAUAGAAAAUGUGAUUAAGAAAUAUGGAAGAUGAAAAUGUAGGAGGGGCUAGAGAUGUCAAAAGAAAAAGGCUAAAAUCUAACUGUAUCAGACUCGUGUUUUUGUGAAAACUAGAAUGUAUUCCUUUUUCAAUUUAAUUUUCUCUUUUCUA